AUGUGGCAAGCUUUCGUGCGAAGAGGCGUGCCCGUUUGGUUGGUUGGCACUAUGGGGGUUGGUAACCUGAAUCGAAGUCCGGCUCUCUCCAUGUCUCCCGCCACUUUUUUAUGCAGCCGUCGACUCAAGACGUCGGAGACUACACACGUUGAAGGGAGCACUGUUAAUUUAUCGCCAGAUACUGUGUCGCCACAGAUCAUGCCUAAGCGUCAAAAGCGGCAUAUCAAACCGAAUCUAGGCGCCAUAAAACCCGAUUCUCUCCCUAGUGAUCCAGGUGCGCACGCCGAGACUUCUAUGGCGCAGUUUAAGCGGAAAGUUGAGGAUUGGUCUAAAAUGAACGAACACGAGCUUGAUGCGGCGGUGAACGAGUUUGAGGCGAAAGAGCAGGAGAGCAGCCGCGUGCUAGCCGAAGAUUCGGUUUACCAGAUGGAUGUUUCCCUCAAGACGCGCAACCAAUCCGCGGUGCGAGUGUUCUGGAAGGAUGUCGAUGUGCAGCCUCUGGAAAAGUACGACGGCUGGUAUACUGUGCUCCUAGAUGGCCGCAAGGUGAGGGCCUUUGAGUCAAAGCAGAUUCUCGCGGUACCAAGCGAGGCCAUGGCCUAUUGCUGUGCUCAGGAGUAUUCAGAGCAGAGUGGGUACCUCAACAAGCUCCUCAUGCCCAUGACGGACAUAUGCAGUGGGGUUCUGCAUGUCGCACCGCAGAUGAUCCCCCCACGUAUUGACUACCUCAUGUCGUUUUACCAGCAUGACAACAUGUACUUCCGCAGCGCACCCAUAGUGGAGGUUCAAAAUAAACUGAUCACACCCGUGACUGAGUGGUUCUCUCGGCUUUUCGAGGUGGAUGUCCCUGUUGUCGUAGGCAUCGGUGACCCCCGUAUUCCCCCGCACAAUGUCAUGAAGGUACGCGAUCACCUGCUUUCCUGGUCAAUGAACCCAUACCAGAUUGUGGCCCUUUGUGUAGCGGCACAAUUCACUAGUAGUCUUUUAUUGCCACUUGCGCUUUUCCAUGGGAUCGUGGAUUCGCCGACAGCACUGAGAAUCAACCAUUCCGAGGAAAGGCACAAUAUCACGGAAGCUGGACUUAUCGAAGGCUACCAUGACAUUCGGGAAGUUGAUGUGGCCGCCAAGAUCAGCGCGUGCGCAUUGGCGUGGAAAUUAAUGAAGGAUGUACCCAUGGCGAAGUGCUUUGAGGUCCCACGUACUUCGCCAUUGGAUGAGGCGGAUGCAAUUUAG